AUGCCGGGGCUGGGGCGGAGGGCGCAGUGGCUGUGCUGGUGGUGGGGGCUGCUGUGUAGCUGCUGCGGGCCCCCGGCGCUGGCCACUGGCGGGGGUGCGCUGCUGGGGGCCGGCGGGAGCCCGGGCCACGCGGAGCCGCCGCCGCCGCCCGCCUCCUCCUCGGGCUUCCUCUACCGCCGGCUCAAGACGCAGGAGAAGCGGGAGAUGCAGAAGGAGAUCCUGUCGGUGCUGGGGCUCCCUCACCGGCCCCGGCCCGUGCACGGCCUCCAGCAGCCGCCGCCGCCUGCGCUCCCGCAGCAGCAACCUCGCGGGGAGCCCCCGCCCGGGCGGCUGAAGUCCGCGCCCCUCUUCAUGCUGGACCUGUACAACGCCCUGUCCGACGGUGAGGACGAGGACUGGCCGUCGGGCGCGGAGCGGCGGCAGCCCUGGCCCCGGAGAGGAGCCUACGCGCCCCAGCCCGGGCCGCCGCCCCCGGGCGCAGCGCACCCCGUCCCCCGCAAGAGCCUCCUGGCCCCUGGACUCGGCGGCGGCGCGUCCCCGCUGGCCAGCGCGCAGGACAGCGCCUUCCUCAGCGACGCGGACAUGGUCAUGAGCUUUGUGAACCUGGUGGAGUACGACAAGGAGUUCUCCCCUCGCCAGCGACACCACAAAGAGUUCAAGUUCAACUUAUCCCAGAUUCCUGAGGGUGAGGCGGUGACGGCUGCAGAGUUCCGAAUCUACAAGGACUGUGUUGUGGGGAGUUUUAAAAACCAAACUUUUCUUAUCAGCAUUUACCAAGUCUUGCAGGAGCAUCAGCACAGAGACUCCGACCUCUUCUUGCUGGACACCCGCGUGGUGUGGGCCUCAGAAGAAGGCUGGCUGGAGUUUGACAUCACGGCCACCAGCAAUCUGUGGGUCGUGACCCCACAGCACAACAUGGGGCUUCAGCUGAGCGUGGUGACUCGGGAUGGACUCAGCAUCAACCCCCGAGCUGCGGGCCUGGUGGGCAGAGACGGCCCGUAUGACAAGCAGCCCUUCAUGGUGGCCUUCUUCAAAGUGAGCGAGGUCCACGUGCGCACCACGAGGUCAGCCAGCGGUCGGCGUCGCCAGCAGAGUCGCAACCGCUCCACCCAGGCCCAGGACGUGUCCCGGGCCUCCAGCGCCUCAGAUUACAACAGCAGUGAGCUAAAAACAGCCUGCAGGAAGCAUGAGCUUUAUGUGAGCUUCCAAGACCUGGGAUGGCAGGACUGGAUCAUUGCACCCAAGGGCUAUGCUGCCAAUUACUGUGAUGGAGAAUGCUCCUUCCCACUCAACGCACAUAUGAAUGCAACGAACCAUGCGAUCGUGCAGACACUGGUUCACCUUAUGAAUCCCGAGUACGUCCCUAAACCGUGCUGUGCGCCAACUAAACUAAAUGCCAUCUCGGUUCUUUACUUUGAUGACAACUCCAAUGUUAUCUUGAAGAAAUACAGGAAUAUGGUUGUGAGAGCUUGUGGAUGCCACUAA